CCCUACCCCUUCUCCCCGCUUCCCCUGCCCUCCUUCCGCCCCUGGCCAUCCCGUCCCGUUCCCGUCCCGUUGCCCUGGUCCACCGCGUUCCGCGUUCGACGUGUGAAUGUGGACGUGUGCUCUGGCAAGACGAGCAACCGUGUGCCUGUACCGCUACAAGCACCGAGCAAAGCAACGAAUCUCAAAUAUUUUGGUGCAAAAUGGCUGUCCGACGAUCUUACAGUGAUAGAGAUUCACUGGACAAUCACAAAUCCCGUCAGGAUGAGCCGCCGAACUCGCGACUGUUUAUCGUUCAUCAUAAAAGCAUCACUGAGGAUGACUUCAGAAAAGCCUUCGACAAAUAUGGUAACAUAGAAGAGAUUUGGAUGUUGAAGGACCGCGCAACGGGGGAUCUGAAAGGUAUUACUUACAUUAAAUUUUCAAAAUGCUCUGAGGCUGCAUUGGCUUAUGAGGAAAUGAAUGGCCAAGCUAUUGAGGGAAAUCCACGUCCUUUGAAAGUUAUGAUUGCUCACAGCCGUGAACAGGGGUCCAAACGAGAAAUGAAUGAAGAUGAGCGGUUGACACGUCUUUUUAUCAUUGUUCCAAAAUCAACCACAGACCAAGAGUUACGGGACCAUUUUAAACAGUUUGGAGACUUAGACUAUGUAUCUGUUGUCAAGGAUAGAGAAACAAGGGAAAGCAAAGGGUUUGCUUAUGUAAAAUACCACAGAAUGUCACAUGCUGCCAAGGCAUUUGAAGACUGUGAUAGAUCAUACAAGGCAGUUUUUGCUCAACCCAAAAAGCCUCGUGAGUUUUCAGAUUCUUUCUCUAAUAAUAGAGAUGGUGCAAACUCAAGGCAUGAGGGUUCCAGAAACAGUAAUGGAUUGUUUGAAAGCCCUUCUUAUACAUCUUAUGCUCCAGUGGAUGUGGGCCAGGGGUACCCAGAAACAGGGUGUCGAGGUCUCCAAGUAAUUGCCCCUGCCGUUCUUACUCAGGAUCAAUUAUGGCGUCUUUUUGACCUUGUGCCAGGCCUGGAUUAUUGUCACCUUAAGUCUGAUCCAAGAUCUCGGAUGUCUCGUGGCACAGCUACAGUUGUGUAUCAUAAAGCCUCACAAGCUGCUUAUGCUAAAGACAAAUUGCAUGGAUUUGAGUAUCCACCUGGUCAGCGACUUAUAGUCAAGGAAGACCCUUCAGUUCGGUCAGGAGAUCCUCUCAGCAGCCCCUCCAGAGCACUUGCAGCACGUGCCACAACAGCUGUUGCUCCUUCCGUUGAUAUUCAGAGCAAUUUGGCUACCCUUGUUGACACUUUGGCCCAAGCCACAUCCAUGAUUCAGGCCGCUGGAUUGGCAGUACCUGCCCUAACACCAGCCAGGGCUGCUUUGGCUGCUACAGGAGGGCUGAGUCCUACAAUACGCCCCGCAAAUGACCCUAAUUACUGUUCAGCUAAAUUACCUGCUGCUCAGCCUUUAGCUCACAUUGAAUCAGAGGUUAAAGAAAGGUUAUUUAUUGUUUGCUACCCUAAAGCACCCCCACUACAUGCUCUAAGAGAUGUAUUUGGGCGAUUUGGAAGUCUUAUUGACAUAUAUAUCCUGAACGGAAAAAACUGUGGGUAUGCACAAUAUGCAGAGAAAGAAUCUGCUGAAGAGGCUAUCAAGACGUUGCAUGGAGAAGAGAUUUUGAGCAUGCGACUCAAAGUUAUGGUUGCUGAGCCUUACACAGGCGAGGACCGUAGGAAGAGGAUCAAAAUGGAUGUUGACAAUUAGAGAACAAUAAGACAAGCUGACUGGACUCGACUUAGAAGGUCCACCCGGACUGCGCGCUGAGCGCGGGACUUCCACUGACGUCACGUGACAUAGUGGGACACAGUGGCUUCAACGACAAAUUUGACUGUGCCUCCAUCCUUGCCACCCAUUCUGCCUUUUUUACAAGUCGCUACAAGAGAACCUACUUAAAUUAAUUCCUUGGACAUAGAUUUUUAAGUAUUUUGUCACCCCACAUGCAACUUAAGAAUUACAUCCCCCAACUUGAGUACAAGAGAGGACGUAAUAUUGACAGAUUUCAUGGAGGAGAAGUCUUAAUGCUUCAUCAUUUUACGAUUCACACAGUAACAGCCAAUUUAGAAAAUUUGGCGUGACACUUUCUCCUUGUUUUUAGCUGUGAUGCGAAACAAUCAAGACUGGAUGAACAAUUUGCUUUGGUUCAUUUGUUAUGUUUAUCUGGGCAUACAAUGUUAAUGUGUACCUAUGGGUUGGGAUGUGUACAGGACUACACUUGGGAGUAGUAGCUUGUGUUGGACGUUUGUGUGCCUUCCCCUUUCUUGUAGAUUAAAUUUUCCUUCUGGGGUGUAAGGUAAAUGCCAGGGUCAUCAUUGAGGAGCAGAUGUUCUCUGGAGGUCCUUUUCCUUUCUGUUUGAAGGAUGCUCUUGUCCUUCAUUGUAGAUUGUUUGUACAUGCCUAGUACAUGUUCCCUUAUGUUAUAGUUAUUCCUUGAGUACCUUUUGAAUAUGCAAUUCCACUUUUUGGAGUGCAUACCACAUCAUAUUUAUAAUUUUCUUAUUAAAAGUCAAUAUCAUGUCUGAAAAUGUUCUAUCUCUAGGAACAAUUCAGGGACAAAAGUAAUUUUUGAGUGAAAGUGUGUGCUUUAGCAUAUUCUUCCUGCUAUGGCCUAUGCCUUCUCUUUCAUCAUCUGUGUAUUAUUAAAUUGGAGUUCUGAUGAACUUGAUACACAGCUGUGUUAUUAAUCCUUGGACUCUUCAAAGUGUGCACUUUCAGUAGAAAGUGUACUUUGAAACUUUGUUGUGUACAUGGCAAAAAUUUGUGAGUUUUAGCAGCAGUUUUCUGCUUGAACUAUAAUAGGCCUUUUAAAAUUUUGACUGUCCACUUAAAUACCAAUGAAAAUAAUUCUGCUCUGCAGAUGAUAGGGACUGAUCAUUUUAAGUAUCUCAAUUCCAACACUCAUCAUGUCCAUCAUUUUUCUGAACAACUUGUAACAGUUGAAUUCAGAUGGAAAAACAAAUACAUCUCCCUAGACUUAAGUUAAUUGUUAAAAUUUGCUAUGGUCUGUAAAUGCAAAUGCGCCAAGCUGUUUUCCCCAGGAGAGGAAUUAAAAACCUGGAAGUUAAAAGGGCUGCCCAUCUCAACAAGAGCGUGAUAAAUUUGUUUUUCUUCGAAUAUUUUACGUUUGGUCUGUGAUUCAAAUUAUUAAAACUGUCAUAAAGAGCUGACCAAAUUCGUCUUGCAAUAACUAAUGUUAUUUAUUAACUAGUGAUUUCUAUUUUUUUGGCUAGUUGAAGUACGGGAACAUUAGUCCUUGGUUUUUGCUUGUCACGGGAGUGUCAGCAGCAUAGCUAUAUGUUUACACAAGAGAAGUUUUGUGAAUACAACCAAUAAAUGUACUAGAAUAAGCUAUUUCUUAACUAUUUAUACAUAUUUAAACAUAUACAUGAAAGAGUUUUUUUUACUUUAAUUUAAACCCCCCCUUUUUUUCUGGCUUGUUUGUGAUUGGUGGAUGCUUGUAUGACUGGCUGCUUUGAAUGUUUUUGGAGAGAUUCCUAACUGGGCUCUUGUGUUGAAAUAAACAUGACACAGAAAUAUGACAGCAUUAAUGCCAACCUUUUGUCCUCAAUGCUAAAUAGUUAGACUGCAUUAUAUAUAACUUUUCUUUCUACAACUAGUUGCCUUUCAUUUUUUUAUAUGUUUUUAACUUGCUGAACAAAUCAAAAUCAACAGCAUUAUUGGUACAUAGUUAGUUAUGCAUGUCCAAUUAAUAUACUGGGAAACACUCUUCUAGGGUAAUGCGAGUGUUAAUUUGCUUGACCUUGCAUUAUGCUCAAGGUAGGUUCCGAUGGUAAGUGUCCCAAAAAACGCAUGGUUGGAUCUUCAUCUGCAGGUUUCUUUCCAAAUUAUUUGAUUUGAAAUAUUGAGUUAACACUGUAUGUACCAUGAAAUAACAGUGUCUUUGGUUUCCUUCCUAUCUAGGUUAUUGUCAUAACCUGUUGUAUUUCUUUGCUUCUUGCUUAAUAAUAAAAGUAAGUGAGGGUAAAUGA